AUGCUCUGCUCCGUUGCCACUUCCACGGCCGCCGCCUCCAAUUCCAAGUCCACCUCCAAUUGGCUCCAACGCCUCCACAGUUCUCACAGCCUCUCCGUCCCUGUCCAUCACCACCUCGAUCACUUCCUCUCCUCUGAUCCCAGCCCCGAUCCUACCACCCUGCCCGACCCUAGCCUUAACCUUCCUCUUACAGCCCUCUGCUCGGAGGCCCCCGAUCUCCCUUCGCUUGUCACCGCACUCGAUGAGAAGCAGAAGAUCUUCGAUAUCGUCGGCGGCGGUCUCGCGGAGCUCUUCGUCAUGGAAGGGCCAACAGGGAUCAAGGCCAAGAAGAGCGCCUGGAAGCAGCCCAACCCUAGGGCUUGUAUUCCAUUCGUCUCCGACAGCAUCGACGGGUGCCGCGAACCCCCCACGACCUCCCCUCCCUCCAGCGCGGACAACAGCGUGGCCGAGGCCAAGAAGAGCCGAACCAAAAUGUGUCGAAAGAGGGGCACGGCUAGGGGUUCGACGGACUCGGACUUGUCGGCGUGCUCGAGGACCGAUGUGACUGUCAUUGAUACCAGCCACACUGGUUGGAAGUCGGAGAAGGUCAUCUUUAGGAAUGGAAAUAUGUGGAAGGUGCGGGAUAAGAAAGUUUGGAAUUUGAACAGGAAGAAGAGAAGGUUGGGCGUCGUAGGGCAAAAACGUGAGGAGUGGAGAAGAUUGUGUGUGGAGAUCGGGAAGAGGAGAUUGUGUGAGGAGAGGGAACGUGAAGAGAUGUGUGAUGAAGAGAGGAGAAAGACACAGUUAUGCCUAGGGUUCCUGAAGACUAAGGGGAGGGAAAACACGCGCCAAAGAAUUUUUCGGAGAGGGAAAGCAUUAAACCUCUAA